ACAGCGAGACUUCGUUCCACAUUCUCAUCAUCAAUAAGAAACGAAACCUCGGAUCGCUUCGGACAUCGGCUUCCCUCUUCAGCAUGACAGAAUAAAGACCAGCAAAACGCUUGUCUUUUCCGCAGUUAUUCUUAUUUUUGAAAACAUAAUUUCACCGACUGCUGGGAAUGGGAGCAGCGUGUGUGGGAUCAACAGGCGGGUGUUGGUUUGCUCUCCAACACUGAUCAGAAAGUCGCUUUGGGAAGCCGGUGCCUUUUCCUCCCCUGUGCACCGCUUGUUUUGGAGGGGGUUUUUCCUUCUUUCUUUUUUUCUUUCUUUCUUUCUUUCUUUCUUUGUUCUUUCCUCCGCGGAAGAUGAUCGGUGCGGAGAGCGAGGUGCCCCCGCUGCCCCCCAGGUACCGAUUCAGGGAUCUGCUGCUCGGCGACCAGAGCUGGCAAAACGACGACAGUGUGCAAGUUGAAUUUUAUGUGAAUGAAAAUACAUUGAAAGAGAGACUGAAACUGUUCUUCAUAAAAAAUCAAAGAUCAAGUCUUCGAAUACGUGUGUUCCACUUCUCGCUCAAGGUCCUCAGCUGCCUUUUGUAUAUAUGCCGAGUGCUGACAGAAGACCCCGCAACGAAAAAAGCAUGCUGGGGGUGCUCAGACCAGACCUAUGUUUUCUUAAAGAUUGAUUGGUCUCCUAUAAUCUGGGUGGAGAGAAGUCUUCCACUAUGGGCAUUACAGGUUGCUCUGCAUUUUCCUCAGGUUUCAGUGGCAGUCAUUUGUCUUUCUGAAACAAUCCUGUUGACUUACCUCAGUUACAAGGGAAACAUUUGGGAGCAAAUCCUUAGAAUAUCAUUCAUCCUGGAGAUGAUCAACACCAUUCCCUUUUUGAUAACGAUGUUGUGGUGGCCACUGAGAAACCUCUUCAUCCCCGUGUUCCUAAACUGCUGGUUGGCCAAGCAUGCUUUGGAGAACAUGAUAAAUGACCUCCACAGAGCUAUUCAGCGGACACAGUCUGCUAUGUUUAAUCAGGUCGUCAUCCUCAUCUCUACACUAUUGUGCCUGAUAUUCACCUGCAUGUGUGGAAUUCAACAUUUGGAACGUGCCGGAAACAAGCGGAACUUAUUUGACUCCUUGUACUUCUGCAUUGUAACUUUUUCUACUGUGGGAUUUGGAGAUGUCACCCCGGAAAUCUGGCCAUCAAAACUACUUGUUGUCAUAAUGAUAUCUGUUGCACUUGUGGUGCUGCCAAUUCAGCUGGAGCAGCUGGCGUAUCUGUGGAUGGAGAGGCAGAAGUCGGGGGGGAACUACAGCCGCCAUCGGGCCGAGACGGAGAAGCACGUGGUGCUGUGUGUCAGCUCCCUGAAGAUCGACUUGCUCAUGGACUUCCUCAACGAGUUCUACGCACACCCCAGACUGCAGGACUACUACGUCAUUAUACUUUGUCCCACAGAAAUGGACGUGCAGGUACGCAGAGUGCUUCAGAUCCCCAUGUGGUCCCAAAGAGUGAUUUAUCUGCAAGGUUCAGCUCUGAAAGACCAGGAUUUGCUCAGAGCAAAAAUGGACAAUGCUGAGGGCUGCUUUAUCUUAACCAGUCGGUGUGAGGUGGAUCGCACAGCAGCAGAUCACCAGACGAUUUUACGAGCCUGGGCAGUGAAGGAUUUUGCUCCUAACUGCCCCCUCUAUGUUCAGAUUCUCAAACCGGAGAACAAAUUUCACGUCAAAUUUGCAGAUCAUGUCGUCUGUGAGGAAGAGUUUAAAUAUGCCUUGUUGGCCUUGAACUGUAUUUGUCCAGCCACAUCGACACUCAUUACUUUGCUUGUUCAUACCUCGCAAGGACUGGAGGGACAACAGUCUCCAGAAAAGUGGCAGAGGAUGUAUGGCAAAUGCUCAGGUAAUGAGGUGUAUAACAUUGUCCUGAGGGAGAGCAUCUUCUUCGCUGAGUUUGAAGGGAAGAGCUUCACAUAUGCUUCCUUUAAUGCACAUAAGAAGUAUGGUGUGUGUUUGAUAGGUGUGUGCAGGGAGGGCAACAAAAACAUCUUGCUGAACCCGGGCCCUCAUGCUGUCAUGAGCUCCUCGGACACCUGCUUCUACAUCAACAUCACGAAAGAGGAGAACUCCAUGUUCAAAACACAACAUGAGGUCAAGAGCAACUGGCUAAAGAAGGCAGGGAACGAUCCUAAGCGACUGCCUGUUCACAGCAUCAUAGCCAGCAUGGGGACUGUGGCCAUUGAUUUGCAAGACACCGGCAUCAGACCUUCCUGUGGCACCACUCUUACUCUGCCAGGAGGGGGCAGUAAUGGGGGCAGCAGGAGGCCCAGCAUAGCUCCAGUGCUGGAGGUGGGAGACACGUCCUGCGCGCAAACGCUGGAGCUGCUGCAUGACCACUCAGAAGACGAAGCUUUACCUCACAGCAAUGAGCCAUCAGCUGAUGAGUAUGUCAAAGGAUAUCCCCCAAAUCUGCCUUAUAUUGGAAGUUCUCCCUCUUUUUGCCAUUUACUUAAGGAAAGAACGCCAUUCUGCUGUCUCAGACUGGAAAAGUGCUGCAAGCAUAACUGCUGUGAAGAUGCCAGAGGAUACAGGUUCAAAAACAAGGUUGUCAUAGUCUCUGCCGAAACUGCGGGGAACGGCCUAUACAACUUCAUCGUACCUCUAAGAGCGCACUUCAGACCUAAAAGAGAGCUGAACCCGAUCGUGCUACUACUCGAUAACCCCCUAGACGAUGUGCUGCGUUGCGGUGUAUCCUUUGCUGCUAACAUGGUGGUUGUAGACAAGGAGAGCACAAUGAGCGCAGAAGAAGACUACAUGGCUGACGCCAAAACCAUCGUCAAUGUUCAGACCCUUUUCAGGUUAUUUUCAAACCUCAAUAUCAUUACUGAACUCACACAUCCAGCCAACAUGAGAUUUAUGCAGUUCAAAGCUAAAGACUGCUUCUCUUUGGCCCUUUCUAAACUGGAAAAAAAAGAACGCGAGAAAGGUUCCAAUUUGGCCUUUAUGUUUCGGCUGCCGUUUGCUGCUGGACGAGUGUUCAGCAUCAGCAUGUUGGACACUCUUCUUUACCAGUCAUUUGUCAAGGACUAUAUGAUUCCGAUAACAAGACUUCUGCUUGGUCUGGAAACCACCCCUGGAUCUGGAUUUCUCUGUGCUAUGAAAAUUGCAGAGGAGGAUCUUUGGAUCAGGACAUAUGGCAGACUGUACCAGAAGCUUUGCUCCUCCAGUGGCGAUAUUCCCAUUGGGAUCUACAGAACAGACUCCCAGAAAGCAGCGCCUUCAGCGUCCCAGAUUUCUGUGAAUGUGGAUGAGUGUGAGGAUGCAAAGGAGCUGUCGAGUGGUCACCAUGGUCACCGUGGUUCCACGUCCAGCGACCAGACGGAACGUCCUCCUCUUCGGAGGAAGAGCGUUCAAUGGGCUCGUAGACUGAGCCGGAAGGGCACCCGCCAUGCCGGCCGAGCCGGGGAAAGAGGUAGCCAGCAGCGACUCAACUUGAGCCGUCGAUCAGAGAGGCAGGAGCUGGUAGAGCUGGUGAAGAACCGUAUGAAGACCCUGGGCCUUUGUGCAGGAGCGUACGAUGAAAUGGAAGAUAAUCAAGGCACCCACUCCUAUGUUUUAAUCAACCCCCCUCCUGAUACAAGACUGGAAAUUAAUGACAUUGUGUACAUAAUACGAGCUGAUCCAAUAUCGUUUGAAACCAAGGUAACCGAUAGCAGGAAAAGCAGUGUGGAAAGCAGCACUCUUACAGGAUCAGAGUCAAAAAUCGAAACUCAGCUCUGACUGAGUCACAAAUAUGGACUAAAGAAGGAAUAAAAUCACAAAUAUAAUCACACAAAUUCAUAGCGCUUAAAAUUUCAUCAUUUUGCAUAAUGUUAUACAAAACACCACAUGCUCUUGGCUUGGUUCAGUCUGAAAGCAAAUUUGAUGAAAUACUCUGUAUCAUGUAGUGAAAUAUACAGUAUGCAAAGUUGCAACAAAAAUAAAACAGUCUAUGUAUUUAUGUAUUUAUUUCGCUUAAAAUACAGAAUGAGGUUAAAUGUAGCUAUUUUUAUUUUCUGACAACAGUGCAAUUCCUAUUUUAGUCCUGUUCAGUCCUUUUUUUAAAAAAAGAAGAAAAAAAUAUAUGUGUGUCUGAGAGCGAGCAAAAGAGAGAGAGAGAGAGAGUGACGGUUGUUUGUCUUCCAAGUCCACAGAAAUGUCAAGCUAAAGUUUCUCUUUUUGUAAUAUCAGCCCAAAAUCUUACAGGCCCUUGGAGUUUUGUCAAAAUGUGUAUUGUUACUUCGGUGUAUGAUAAGGCAUUCGCUUCCAUUUGAUGGUGGGCACAGCGGACUUCUGGGCUCGACUCCAGACUUCCGUUCACUUUACACAUCAGGUCUCACCAGAGUUAAGUCUAGUCUGCAAGGGCAGCGCCUUUCCUUUUGCAUUAUAGGUCUUCCUGCAUAUUCAUAGGGUGAAACAGAGUCAUCGAUGUAUAGUAAAUCCAUGCAGUAGCUGACCUUUGAAUACUCUUUCACUUCUGAAAAUGCCUUCCUCUUAAAAAAAGACUGUUGAGUGCUUUCUCUUUGCUGUUUACUUGCACUUUCCAUUCAGAAAACAUAAAAUACAUUAUUUGGGGGUUCACCACAGAAUUCUCAAGCCUGUGUAAGUAAUGCAGCUCUACAGUGCGUAGUGAAAAGUUGCUAAACUUCAGCUUAAAAAAACAAGGAAGUUUAUAUUUUAAUUUUGUUAAAUCAUUUCAUAAAUAUCAACGUCUUUUUUUAAUCAUUUGAUUUCCAGGCUUGAAAAUUCUGUACAAUUUUCCUUCUCUCUCUCUCUGUUUUUAACUAUAUAAAUACCUGAAGUAUUAAUAUGAAAUCGAUCAAGUACAUUCUUCAAUGUAAAUCUACCUUUCAAUGUAUCCCUUUAUCAGAUAAAUACAAUAAAAUGACUCCAGAGGUAAACAGCUGAAAGUAUUUAUUGACAGGUUCACACAGGAAACACACACAAUGGGCAGCUAUGUCUGUGGGGGACCAGUCACCGUGGAUGGGGAGGGGAUGAGUAAAUUAAAUAAGCAAGCCCCACCUUAUCAACAUGUUAUGCCAAAUCUUAA